CUGCGAACUCGUGCACUACACAUAUUGUAAGACUAUCACGCCACAUCGUAUCAAGCGCCAGAGCGAUAGCCCUCCGUGAUAACGCCAUCGUCGAUAUUCAAGUACCAGAAGGAAACGACAGAGUGCAACGCACCGCAUUCCGUUCUGCAACCUAUUUCUAUACCAACCCACCUUCCAUGUCGAGCUGGAUGUAUAUCCCAACAUCUGUCCCCGAAUUUGUUCCCAAUGUGGACGAAUCGGGUCUAGCCAAUGUCCUUGUCCCGGCUCCGCCAAGCGCAGGCGUAAACCUCAUGGCGAAUUUUGUUCCUGCCGACAUCGAGGAAUGCGCCUCAACAUUUCGCAAAGCCUCUGAAGUCAAUGACUUCGUGUUAGGACUAAAUACCCCGUUAUCAUCAUACCAGGAAAUUAACCCCAUACACGCCAUAUCAACCAAAUUCAAUGCAGAUUUCAAGCACGACGGAAUUCCCCCAGACACUCAGCUCGUCUGCUCGGAUCUGGUCUUAUUUCACGCCCAUCGUCACAUGCUCGUCGAUGCAUCUACCAAUGGAUUCAACAACCUCUUAGGCAGCUUCGGGACCUUCAUUACUGUCCCAGAGACAUCUGAUUUUCUCAACAUUAUCCUACAUGCUAUCUACGGACAUCCAUGCUCUCAAUUCCAGCACAGUAUCGACACGCUGAUGACUGCAGUUUGCCUCCUCCCAAAAUACGGCUUACAGCCCAAGAAGUUCAUCCAACCAUCAUCGCCACUAUUCAACGAUAUUCGUUACCAAAUGCCGCUCUCGCCACUUAUGACAUACGUCGUAUCCUCGGUUUACGAACUUGAAGAACUUGCCGUCAUUACAUCGGCUCAUCUCCUUGCGUUGGAUAUAUCCGCCAUGGGUGACGAGAUGGUAGAAUUCAUCAAUCCAGUAUAUCUUAAGCGCCUCUUCGACCUGCAGCAGAGGCGCAUCGAUAAGCUCAAGGAUCUUUUUUCCGUUCCCCCAUACCUGCACCCCGCGAGGCCUCACUGCGACUUUAUAGCUCAAAAGGCUUUGAGUAGAGCGUGGGCUUUGUAUACUGCUCAUCUGCUGUGGGGUGCUCGAGCGGGUGAGAUACAUGCUUUUCAUCCCUGAUUGGAUCUGAAUGCAUGGUAGAUACGACGGUUGUCAUGAUUGAAAGUAUGUUCCGGAUGCUCGACGACCACCUAACAUGCUUUGACUGCAAGCGAUCUCUUAGAGAGCGUGUCAAAGAUAUUGUCAUUGAAUGGUCAGAGCAAAAAGUACGUCGCCACCUUUACUCCAGUGUCUUUAGUCACAUAACCCUCUCCCCCGUUACAGCGAACGAUUUAGCUGAUCGCAGCUCUGUACGAUAGCCGGAAAGAAUCGUCCGUCAACGUUGUCGAGCAGCCGCCUCGAUUUCCUCAUUCACAUAAGUAAUGCUGCUUUGACAAGGUUUUCGUCAUCUGGGUUUAUUAUUCCU